AUGCAUCAAGCAUGUGACGAAUGCUUGCGUGACGUUGUUUCACAAGACUCGUCACAGAUGUAUGGUAUAUCAUAUCUAUAUGGGAUUCCAUCAAGGAUUUUGACAAGAGUCGAUCCGGCGCAGGCUCCGCGAGCAAGGCAGCGAUUUCCACCUCCUGUCAUGGCCAAGUUGAAUUACACCGACUAUGCAAGCAGGCCGCAUGGGCCUUUUUCCAAUGCAGGACCACUCAGGUUGCCUCUGCAACGUCCGCCGGUCGAGGAGAGGACAUAUCACUCCCCCGCUGUGGAAGAGGCCAUCACAGACAUGACAUCUCAGAUGUGCGACAAGGACCUUGCGCGCCUCUUUGAGAAUUGCUACCCCAACACGCUCGAUACAACGGUGAGAUGGGUUUCGAACUCUACAGAUGCAGCACACAUCAUAGCCGGUGACAUGGACGCCGCAUGGCUGCGAGACAACCUCUGGCAGCUCCAGGCCUACACAUCCCUCCUUUCGUCGAGCGACCCGACCAUCAAGCAUCUGUGGAGAGGUGUACUCUACCAACAAGCACGGUGGGUUGCUCAGUCACCCUACAGUAAUUCGUUCAACCCACCGGCAGCCAGCGGAAUCACCGAAAUCGCCGAGCACGUAGUCGACAUGAGUCAAGACGUCGUAACCCCGCCGACCGAUCCGAAGGUCACUUUCGAAGGUAAAUACGGGCUUGACAGCCUCGCCAGUUUCCUGCGUCUGUCGCGGUUGUACGUCGAGAAGACGGCAGAUGCAACGCUGCUCGAGGAUGAGUGGCUGCGUGGGCUGAAGAGCGUGUUGAAGGUCCUGCAUGAACAGUCAAAACCUACCUUUGAGGAAAGUGGGCGUUUUGCAAAGCCGACGUACUCGUUCCAAAGACCCUCGAACCUGAGCAUGGACUGUGUAACAGGCGGCAUAGGCAAUCCGGUGAAUCGUGGCACUGGGCUGAUCAAAUCGAUCUUUCGAGCCUCGGACGACGCUACCAUACUCCCCUUCCACAUUCCCAGCAACGCCUUCGUCGCGGUGGAAUUGCGGCGGAUUGCAACUCUGCUUACCUCUGUCGACAACGUUUUGGCCAGCGAGUGUGAUCAGCUCGGGAUCGCCGUCGAGGACGGCAUCUACAAGCACGGUGUCCAUCAACAUCCAGUCUAUGGUGCUGUAUUUGCGUACGAAGUGGAUGGCUACGGCUCUCACAUCUUCAUGGAUGACGCGAGUCCUCCGUCGCUGCUCUCGUUGCCGUAUCUGGGGUUUGUACCGGCCGACAAUCCUGUUUACGUGAACACAAGACGUAUGGUUCUCUCGCGCAAAGGCAAUCCAUACUACGUCGUGGGUUCCGAGCUGGAAGGCCAGGGCAGUCCGCAUAUCAACCUGGAGACCAUGUGGCCAAUCGGGACCAUUGUCCAAGCCCUUACAACCGACGUAGACGACGAGAUAAGAUGGUGUCUGGAGACGUUGAAGAAGAGCUCCGCUGGGCUAGGACUUAUCCACGAAGGAGUGGCGGUAAAUGACAGCACCAACUACCUCCGAUCAUGGUAUGCGUGGGGGAAUAGUGCAUUCGGAGAGCUGAUUUUGGAUCUGGCAGAUCGGAAACCUGAGAUAUUGUUCCAGGUGAUGCCCUGA